ACACAGCAGUGUCUUGGUAAAGCACAGUGAUUUUUCUGCACCAAUCAACCUAUUUUAAUCAUAGCGUCGCUGAAAGGAUCAUCUGGAGUUAUAUUUGCUUUGUUCUUUAAGUUAAAUAAAUGAAACCUACAGCAACAUGAAACUAUGGGGAAUACACGCGUCAAUAAGUUUACUUCUAAGUAUUGAAAUUGUUCCAGUCUGUUGGAGUGCUCAUGGAAAAUACGCACAGAAGCUGCUAAAGGAUUUGUUCAGCAACUACACCAGUGCUCUGAGGCCAGUGGAAGACACAGACAACAUCCUGAAUGUCACCUUGCAGAUCACCCUGUCACAAAUCAUUGACAUGGACGAACGCAACCAGAUAUUGACAGCAUAUUUGUGGAUACGGCAGGUGUGGACAGAUUCCUACCUCACCUGGAAUAAAGAUGACUAUGACGGGCUUGAUACCAUCCGUAUACCUGGUAGUUAUGUAUGGAGACCUGACAUUGUCCUAUAUAACAAUGCAGAUGACCAUUUCACAGUCCCCAUGCACACCAAUGUGGUUAUCAGACAUGAUGGACAGAUCAUGUGGGACUCCCCGGCCAUCACCAAGAGCUCCUGCAAGGUGGACGUGUCCUACUUCCCCUUUGAUUCCCAGCAUUGCCGAUUCACCUACGGCUCCUGGACCUACAAUGGGAACCAGCUGGACAUCACGAAUGCCCUGGACAGUGCGGACAUAGCUGACCUGGUGGAGAACGUGGAGUGGGAGAUUCUGGGAAUGCCUGCUAAGAAGAACGUCAUUCUGUACGGGUGCUGUGCCGAGCCUUACCCUGACGUGACCUACACCCUCAAACUCAAGCGGAGGGCCUCCUUCUACGUCUUCAACCUGCUCAUUCCGUGCGUGAUGAUCUCCUUCCUGGCUCCUCUGGGAUUCUAUCUGCCCGCUGACUCUGGGGAGAAGGUGUCUCUGGGGGUGACAGUGAUGCUGGCUCUCACAGUCUUCCAGCUGCUGGUGGCAGAGAUCAUGCCUCCCUCGGAGAAUGUCCCACUUAUCGGAAAAUAUUACAUUGCCACAAUGACCAUGAUAACAGCGUCCACUGCCUUGACCAUUUUCAUCAUGAACAUCCACCACUGCGGCCCAGAUGCUAAACCUGUGCCCAAGUGGGCUAAAAAGGUCAUCCUGCAAUACCUGGCACGUGUGUGCUUUGUUUAUGAAGUGGGGGAAAAUUGCAUGUCAGUCCAGGCAGAGAAACAGGAGCCUCCUCUCCAACAGAAAAGAGCCAACUGCUGCAUGAACGGACAAGCAGGCAGAGAGGACUUCAGGUUGCGGCUGGAGGGAGGCUGGGAGGCGGUGAUCCCCGAGGUGAGAGAAGACUUGGAUCAGAUGAUGAGCCCCACUGGCUCCAUGGGGAUGAACCCCACCAACCACUACUGCGCCUGGAGGAAUGGCAUGUUCAUGAGUCUGGACUGUGGGGACACGUUGAGGUCAGCCAGGCGGAGCAGGAAAGGAGGUGUGAGUGACAGAGUUGGGGGAGAGGUCCCGUGCCAAAGCCCGUGCACGUGUCAGCAGCAGCAGCUCCUCAGGAAUCUGGAGUACAUCGCCAACUGCUGCCGUGAUCAGAGGGCCACACAGAAAAGAACUGGGGAGUGGAAGAAGGUGGCCAAGGUUUUAGACCGCUUCUUUAUGUGGAUGUUUUUCAUCAUGGUCUUCCUCAUGAGCCUGCUUAUCAUGGGGAAGGCCAUUUAAUCAGAAUCAGAAUCAGAAUGGGAUUUAUUCGCCAUGAAAGUUUGCACAGACAAGGAAUUUGCUUGGGCAGGAAGGUGCAUACAAUAAACAUAUAGGGACCUAAAAUUUAAAUAUGUGGACUAUCUAUACUAAGGGUACAUAAACUAGCAGUACUAAGUGGGAUUAGAAUUAAAUUAAAUAUGCAAUAAAAUAUAAGUUGCCGUAAUAGCUUUUCUGUAGCUGUUGUUAUGUGUAUAUACUCUGCUUCCUGUGUGGAACAAGUAUAGGUCUGAAUAUUCUAGAAAUACUCUAUUUUGUACUAUUCUGUACAAUACCAAACCUUAUUUAUUCUAUCCAUUUAAUAUUGUGCAGUCACAGUUUACUUGUAGGCUUCAAUGCAUCUCUUGCAUUUCAGGUCUUAUUCUUAUUCAAUAUUACAUCAUUAUAGAUUAAAGGCAUCCUUUUCCCUGACUGUUUUGAAA